UGCUCGGCUGACCGUAAUCGCUCCACAAGAGGAACAAAUUACCCUGCGCACUCUGACAUUCGUAAGCGAACGGCAGAGUCUGAAAGAAACGCUGACAGCUGACGACAAUUUAAAAUGCAGGGCAUUCAAAAACGCGACGACUAUUUUGUUGCCGCUAACAUGCAGGGAAUUCAGAAGCGAGAGGAUUACUACCGAGCCUGUACCUUCAGUGGCCUGCCAGGAAUGAUGUUUCCAGAUCCGUCUUACGGAAAAGCGCCCUGGACACCUCCCAGCUCCUCACAGACUCAAGCGCCGUAUCCGACUCCCAAUCCGCUAUCUUGCAUGACGAAGCCACCCGCCAUGGAUGUUUCUCCUCCCCAAUGGCGACCUCAGGAUCCCUAUCAUAUUUUUGCCCCGACCAGCGGGAGACUUUCGACGCCUGGAAGUGGCCAGAUCCAGUUGUGGCAAUUUCUUUUGGAGCUUCUCUCUGACAGUGGCAACUCAAACUGCAUACAAUGGGAGGGCACCAACGGGGAAUUCAAGCUCUCCGAUCCCGACGAGGUGGCUAGACGCUGGGGAGAACGCAAGAGCAAACCAAACAUGAACUACGACAAGCUGAGCCGAGCUCUACGCUACUAUUACGACAAGAACAUCAUGACAAAAGUCCACGGGAAACGUUACGCGUACAAGUUCGAUUUUGCCGGGCUAGCUCAAGCUAUGCAGCCGGCUACCGCAGACCCAACCUCUGCCUUCAAAUAUCAGCAAGAUCUGUUCAUGUCAAGCUAUGCGAAUUCGAAACUAAACUUCAUGAAUGCACAUGGCCCAAUCUCAAGUUCAGCAGCAGCAUCCGGUUUCUUUUCUCACUCGUCCUAUUGGCCAAGCGGGGGCUACACGAAUCUGUCCAAUCACCACGCGAUGACUCAUCAUCCUGGUCAUAUGACGUCACAUUUGGGCUCUUAUUAUUCUUAACUCUAAACUUCGUCAUCUAUAAUUUAAUAAAACAUUACUUAUCAUAAGAAAGAACACUAUCAAAACUGUGAUUGAAGAAAUCAAAACAUUCCAAAGAAUCUCGUUAUUUGUGAAUGGUUAUAUUUUAAUACAGACACAAGUGCAAUCGAACCUCCACGUGCCGAGAGAGAGAGCGUGCUGCUGACGUAAUAUUCAAAAACGCCUCUUUUGUAGUAAAGAACAUGUACUUAUAUUAUGGCAUAGCCUUAUAUGUGUCCGAAACAAACGCGUCUUCUUUUGGAAGAGGAAAUAUCAUGGUUAAUUUACAAAAUUCUGCUUGUAUGGAUUCCUGUUUUAGGAAAACAGCGACAAAGAGGGACAUGUGCAAUUAUUUAUUGUCAUCAUAAUUCAAACCUUUAAAAGUGCAAUGAGAACUUGAGAUGCGUGUAUUGAAAUAGGACCUGCGUUUUGAGUUUUCCAGUAGGGAAAAGCUGCAAGGUAAAGUAAUUUGCAAGACAUUUUUGUGUUUGAAAACGAUAUGAAUAUACAUAUAUAGCUUGUAAACGUAUGUUGACUAUUUAGAGUUAAUUAGAUUCAGGUAUGAGAAGUUAGAUUAAAGCAGCGUUGACGUUGCUGACUUAGCUAUAGUUGGCGUGUGCCGGUCACAGAUGCUAAUAUGGUGGCUAGCGUAGACGUUUUAAAUGACGUCACAUUAGCCUCAACAUCGCCAUUUCAUCAAUGGGAAU